AUGUCGUCUUGCGGCUACAAAGCAUCGAUGUACGGUAUGCAUUUGAAUGUCGAGUCUGAGUUGCACAUCGAAAGACUUUCACUUAGAUUCGACUCGACUCGACUCGCUCUUCCUCGAGGCGAUGCUGAAGUGAGCAGCAGCACGAAUGACGAAUGACGAAUGACGAAUGUGGUGCGAAUGCGUGCGUGCAAGCAAGCAGAUGUACAGGUAUAUAGUGUGAGUUGGCAUUGAGGUGA